UCAAACUGGGUUUCAGCUAAUUUUCCUUCAUUUUGUUCAUAAAUCUUAACUGUAUUCUUCAUAAAUGACAGUAUUCCAUGAUAUAUGGAUUUAUACCUAUAGCCAUCGUACCCUGAGAGUAGUAUUUGAAGAAGCACAAUCCAGCAUCCAGGAUCAGUAACCACGAAAUCAAUCGACUUUACCCGCAUCAGUAUGGAUUCUCCCGAGAACACGGCACCGGCUUCGGUGGAUAUCUACGCCGUGUUAAGCAUUUUGCUGGUGGCAAUCAUGUGGGGCGCUACCAACCCUUUCAUCAAACGGGGUAGCAUCGGGUAUAACGAGCUAAAGGCAGACAGCAAACUGGGCCAACUUUGGUUGGAAGUACGAUUUCUUAUCACUCGUUGGCAGUAUGUGCUUCCAUUGGUGAUAAAUCAGCUGGGGAGUAUCGUCUACGUAUUAACCCUGCAACGGACGGAACUGUCGCUCACCGUUCCAAUGGCAAACUCGUUAACGUUCGUUUUUACUGCCAUUACUGCCCGACUGCUGGGCGAACGACAAUCGGGCUGGAGCGCUUUCCUGCUUCAAUGCGGAAAAUAGUUCGACGGUGCGGCUAAAACCACUCACACACACCGUCAGAAGCAAAGCAUUUCUCCGAAGAAAGGACAUACGUACGUGUGGAUCUUGCUGUGUUGUUUAUGUUGGUACCGUUGGUGGCCAAUUCCACCGCAUUUUCCGACUCGAUUCCGAUUGGUGCGGGUGGUGCUGCUGCUGCUGCUGCUGCUGCUGCAAAAAACAGAACGCAGUCAUUCGCGUCGCUCGUUCAACCCAUCACGUUGGCACUGCUGCUCGUCUUCUGUGUAUGUGUUUGUGUGGCCACCAUGCAAGCACUCUUCUUAUGAAUGAAUCGCAGCAAUCGCUGCGAAAACGCCCGAAGAGAUGGGCCCGUUUCGAACAAGGCGUUGGAAGUUUCGUCUGUUUGCGUGUACCGGAUAGCUCCGGGAAGGUUCCGCUUGCCAGUGUGUUGGUGCCGACUGUCUUGUUUGCCGACGACCGUGAAAACAGAACCCAAUGGCGGUGAGUGAAAGGGAAGCACAACAGCCUCAGCGAACAAGCGCUGCCCGAAACGGUGGAACAGAUGAUGUGCGGGAACUGCAGGAAAUACCGACAACAAACACUCGCUCGAUGGGCGAGACGCUCUGGAAUGACGGUGGAAACUCUACCACCUUCGGAAGCUUUCGGAAGCUUUCGGGUGGCAAAUCCCGAACGGGGUUCGGUCGGAAAAACUCGUCGCCCGUGGUACGCAACCGGGGUAGGCGACCAGAACACGCAACGGGGGAGAGACGGCAUGUUAUUAAUACGGUUCGCUCGAUGCGGACACAUUUCACUGCGAGUUGCGACACCGAACGAUACGGACGGCUCAAAAGGGGGCACACGCUUCUUGGUCGCUCGCCACCCACACCGUGGGACGUGAUUUGCUUCUGGCAGUGUGGUGACUUGGAUUGGGGUAAGUUUUCGCCUGCGCCACGUUCGCUCGUUUGUGUAGUACCGUGAGCUCUGUUUAUCAAUUGACUGUAAGCACAGCGAAAGAGAAAGAGCCAGUGCGUUACUGU